AUGUCCGGACCAUUCACCCAAAUAUCCUUGGCAAUAAAUCGAUCGAUGGCCAUUAAUUUUCCCUAUCGCUUCAAUCGACCAAACACAUUUUCAGUCACCAAAAUCGCGUUGAUCUUCUGGUGGAUUUCAGCGAUUCUUGUGUCACUUCCCUCGUUGAUGGGUAUGUUAAGAAUUCAUUAAAAAUUACAACUAAUUUCUUUCAGAUGGCUGUGGUUUCAUAUUCUAUGUAGAAUUUGUUUCGUGGGGACCAAUGGAUGAUCCGUGCUCCGCGCAUUUAUCAGAAUACGUCACUUAUUUGGUGAUUUCUAUGGCGAUUUGCUCGUUUUCUAUCAAUUGUUUUAGUAUUUUCAAAAUUUUGCAGCAAUCAGUGAGUUUGGUUUGGGAGAGGGAGGCUUGUGUGCGGGAAUUUUUGAAGUUCUAGAUUUUUCCACGUGGAGAGAGCAUCCAUAAUUUCGUGUGAGAGACAACGAGAGAGUGUGCGUGCAGGAGAGACGCCAGAAAAAAAGGAUAUGAACAGACUCCGCCCACUUUUUUUUGAAAGUUUUUGAACAAACAAAAUAUUUUUUUUGUGGCUUCAAAAUUAUGAAAAUUUCACAUGGCCUCGGCUUAGAUUCUGCGUGGCCUAGGUUUCCAAAUAGGUUUUCUAGGCCAUAAUUUCAAGCAUUCCUUGAAUCUUCAGGUUUGAACUCUGAAUUUACUCAACGUUCCACGUGGCAAAUAUUCCAAAUUUUUGAAAAUCGUAAUUUUAGACUAUUCUAUUUUACAAGGCUGAAACUUGAAUUUUUUAAAGAUUCGAAUUUUCGAUCUUCAUGUUUCCACGUGGAUUUUUCGAUUUUCAGAUUUUCACGAACAAAAAAAAUUUUGAAAAGUGAAUUCCAAGAUCAAUUUUCAUCAGAAAUCACAUCAGAAGCUUGAAAAAUCUCGAUUUGUCAUCAUUUUUGACUGAAAAACUUGAAAAACUAAUUUUGACCUACAAUGUUUGAUCUUUCAAUGUUAAAAAACAUUUUCAACAUUUUUUUGUUCGUGAAUCAGAAACCCGAAAAAUUCUACAGAUCAAAAUUUCAGUUCAAAAAAUCCUCCCACACACACUUGACUCCCCCUCUCAAUUCCCUCCCGAAUUCCCAAAACGCACCCCCAGAUUUCCGACAUUCAGCAAAUCGAUCAAACUUCGGCGCUUCGCAAAAGACGUCGUCGAAAAAUGUUCAUCCAAUGUGUCAUUCAAGACUGCACGCACUCCAUCGACGUCAUCAACAACACAUUUCUCUAUAGUUUGAUCGAUGCGGUGUGGUUUCAAUUUUUGUGCGGCGCAAUUUCAGCACUCACUGUUAUUCUGCUCGAUGGCGUUUUGAUGAGUGUGCUGCAUCAGAAAUCGGCGACACCUGCGAACACAGCAGCAGAGAAGACUGUUACACGACAUUUUAGAUCUUCUUCUGUUAUCACAACUACGGUGGUUUGA